CAUUCCUGUAAGGUCAAGUUCUCAAUUCUUAUUUCUAUACAAUUUUGUCCCAAAAUAUCGAUUUCAGCGUCAACGCGUCAGACCUGAAGCCUCAAUGCCAAUCGAGGUUAAUGGAGUGCCCGGGGAAUUGAUGCUUAAAAAUGAUGUUGUUUGUUAUCCUGUUGCCUUAAUCAAGAAACCAAUAUGUCGUCAAUCCACAAAACGCUGAUCAACUGUGCCGUUAUCUUGCUUGCGGUUCGUGGCGUCAAAACCACGCAACUUUCUAUCGCUUGCUAUAUCAGUCCUUAUGAAAACUACACUUGAAGCGCGGGAACUAGCUCUGAAAUCUGUAUUACACUAGGUUAUGUUUAAAAAAAUGGAGCAGCAGGCGGCAAUGGGAUCAACUACAUCAACAUAUAAACAAGCCGAGGGAGCGCGCUGGCAUGUUUUGGUGUGGGAUAGAUUUUGAUCUUAUCCAAACUGUGUUUCUCUACCAAAACACGCCACAAAGGGCGUGCGACAGACCGCACAGAGUCAAAGUAUGGAUUUUUGCUAAUAGCAUUUUAAUAGUCGCACUGAAUCCCAUGAUGGAGUCAACCGCAGACAAGAUAAUGCAAAAAUAAUUCUGAGAAACUUGGAAUGUUGAAGAUACAACUGUUGUUGUAUCUGCUCAUUUUGGGCAGCUUAGAAGCUCUGGGCUCCACUUCAAAGCCACAGAUUAUCGUUGGACCCAAGGACACUUUAGUUCAUGGGACGAGCUUCACCUUGAUGUGCAUUGCAACCAAGGACUCCACAGUCACAUGGUACCAUGAUGGAAACAGGAUUGACUUUCAGUGGCAGACAAACAUGCAGCAAUCAAAAGAUGGCUCCCUUCAUGUAACAAAUGCCAUCAGUUCACGUGACAAGGGGCCGUACCGAUGUGUGGUUUCUAAUUCUAGAGGGACUAUCAUUAGCAGAAGAGCAAAUGUCAAAUUCCCUUACCUCAUGCCUUUCGCGGUUACAAAUUUUGUGAUAGGAAAAGAGGAAAGCCACAGCGCUGUGCUUCACUGUCAGGCUCCGGAUUCUUAUCCUGAUAGGCAAAUUCAGUGGUCAAAGCAAGACCCAAACUUUCCCGGGCGACGACGACCUCUGCCCCAGUCCUCCAAGUACACGAUCAGCUCUGAAGGCGAUUUGCAUUUUGCAUACCUAGAGCAAUCAGAUUCUGGAGAUUACGUAUGCACUGUCACAAACAACAACAUCAACAAGCAGCAAGUACGGACCGUCGUGCUUAACGUCAUGCCUGUGCGCCCGCUCAUCCCUCAGCCGCCAAAAAUCUCCACCGAGUUUUCCGUGACCAAGAUUGCCCUAAAGGGGGAACGCUUUGUCUUGGAAUGCAUCGUGUACGGAAUGCCUGUGCCCAAGAUAACGCUCCGCAAGAAAGGCGUUCACAUGAUUCUAGGUCAAGUGACCGGUAACGCGCGCCGUCACUAUAUCCCAAAGUUUACCGCCAAUCACGCGGGCAAGUACAAAUGCAAGGCUACGGACACGAGUGGCAGAACAGACACCAGUACCACCAUCGUCCGAAUGGAAGCCAAGCCAGAGUGGAUCACGAGACCUCAAGACACGAUAACUGGCGUGAAUAGUAACACCACGCUGAGGUGCCAUGCCUCGGGCGCUCCGCGCGUAUUCUAUCAGUGGUACUACAAUGGGCAACCGCUGGUCACAUCACAAAGGCAUAUUCUACAUCAAGGGGACCUUAUUCUCAAGGAGCUGAGGUACAGUGACGGUGGGAUGUACCAGUGCGUGGUUACCAACACACAUGGACAGUUGAUUGCAUCCGCUGAACUCACGGUAGCCGAGACGCCAGCAGGAUUUGGCCAGGGAAGUCGCGCGCCAGAAGCCAGCAAGAAUGCGCUUGUAGACUCUACUGUUACGCUUCAUUGUCGACCCUCGGGAAACCCCAAACCAAUUGUUCGCUGGCGCAAAGGCUCUGUUUACUUGUCAAGCGGCCCUAGAUACCAGUUCCUUACAUCCGGGGACCUCAUGAUCAGUAAUGUGACGUCACUGGAUAGCGGCCGCUACACGUGUGAGGUGUCUAACAGGCUAGGCUCCGCCUCCAGGACAGGGAGGCUAAAUGUGCAAGACAAGAUUGCGGUGACCCACCCACCGGAUAACAAGAUUGCUACUGUUGGCGGCACCGUCCGCUUCACCUGCGGUGUGACCACGUCCGGAGUGACGGAAGUAGUUUUUCAGUGGAGGCGGUUUGCGUUCCUGCUUCAACCAAGUUCGCGAAUAAGUAUGGGCAAAAUCGGCGAACAAACUGGCUUUCUAGAAAUUCGCGGAGUAGAGUUCUCGGACCAGGGUCUUUACGCGUGCAAGGCGACAGGAUCCAUCCAAAAGGCUGACGCCUCUUCUGAGGCCUUUGCUCUUCUAAAUGUACAAGGAGCGCCCGAGAAGCCUCAUGGCGUCACCAUCCUCCCCAACACCCAGUUCUCACACCUAGUGAAUCUCACGUGGAAACUUGGCCGCGACAACGGCAGCCCAAUCACUCACGUGAUUAUCCAGCAACACGUGGGGUCGGCAUCGGACAAGUGGACCGUGGCCAAGGUCAUCCGGGACCCGAAGACGAGGAUAGCUGAAGUGACCCUCUCGCCAUGGGCGGAGUACAAGUUCAGAGUAAUUGCUGGAAAUGCAAUAGGAAACAGCACGCCCAGUCAGGUGUCAAUGUCAGUCAGCACAAGGCCUGAAGCUCCAUCAAAGUUUCCAAGUGGGAUCAAGAGUAAAGGCAAAGGCCCCAAUACCAUGCAGAUCACAUGGAAGCCUCUUUCCCGCUUGGAGGAGAACGCGCCCGGCAUUUACUACAUCGUAUAUUACAAGCGCGCAGACGUGAAAGACGCCAUGAAACGUAACGAAGUUCACAACAAGACGCGGUUCACCAUCGUAGGCACGGAUUACUACGUAAAGUACGCCUUCCAAGUUCAGGCUGCCAACGACCGCGGUUUUGGUCCCAAAAGCGGAAUUAUGUUCGGCUUCUCAGGCGAGAGAUAUCCUGUGGGCAGACCGACCAACUUAAAAAUAGAGAUCACUUCGCCAACGUCUGCUCUUGCCACGUGGACAUCUAUCGUAGACUCACGAGAAGUGGCUGGAGGAAAGCUACUGGGAUAUAAGGUGUACUUCUGGACAGACGUGACAGAUAUCCGCCCGGGGAAGUCGCCAUUCAAGUCCAGCAUUCGAGCCUCCACCGUGCUCGACCUCGACGCGUUCACUUCCUAUCGUUUCCAGGUCGUCGCGUUCAACGGCAGAGGAGAUGGCCCGGGUUCUAACAUUGUUGGUCCGAUCCGAACUCCGAUGGCAAGCUUAGAGGAAGAAAAUAAAUCAGCUAAAAGACAAUCUCCUGAUCCAACCCCAAGAAUUCUCACUCCAGAUAUUUACAGAAUACCCGACCCCCCUGCGGCAAUUGUGGUUGGGAUGCAGAAUACCUCUUACGUGGUAUUGAGCUGGCAUCCCCCCAUCAAACCCAACGGUCCUAUCCUGUCGUACAGCGUCUCAGUAAAAAGGCUGAGUGACGGCAAAACUGUAAGUGGCGAGACAAACGGUACGACCGAACUCCGAGUCCACAACCUCAACCUCCGGUCCAGAUACCAGUUUGCGAUCAUGGCCAGAAACCAUAUCGGCGCGAGUCCUCCAGUGGUCGGAGAGUUCGAUAUGGAACUUUUUCCUCGAAAACCUCCCACGUUUGUGCGAGUCAAUUACGAUGAGUUUCAGCGCGAGGCUAAGGUCACGUGGAUACGCGUGGCGUCGCGCGUGGAUGGAUACAAGGUGUAUUACUGGGGCGAGGACAACAUAGUCGAAUCAGUGGAUGUCGACAUGGACCGGAACAAGCGCACAAUAACGAGGCUGGAAAACGGUCACGUGUACCAUUUCCAAGUUGCUGCCUUCCGAUUGGUUGAUGGACAGCACUUUGUGAUUGGCCCGCGUUCAGACCCAGUAAAAGCAGGAAGAGCUCCCGUACAAGCCAAGGUGGAGUCUACGAGCGACUGCAUACAUCUGUCGGGGACUGGAACAAGUCUCGCGCUCGCCACGUGGGGCAUGCUAUACCUACUGUAUAGCUGAUGAUGUCACAAAAAGGUCAAGCAAGGUCUUGCUGUCAUACCAUAUGACGUCAUACCCGCGCUCGUCACAUGGAACACCUUAUUCUCACUCUAGCUGAUGACGUCACGCUGUUGAUGAGCGAGAUCUUGGCAUGUUUUGUUUGCCGCACU